CUAAUACGGAACGAUAUAAACGAUACCGUGAAAGUAUAUAGUCGUCGAAAGUGUUCCGAUUAAACAUUCCAUACCACACUGAAACAAACAGCAGGAUAAAGGCAAGAGAUUAAAUAAGAUGGAGUUUAUUGUAUCAAACGACCCAAAUGUCGAACCGAUCAAGGAGCCAUUGACUGAAAGCUACAUCAAUGUGACUUCUAAAACCCCACUGAACACGAAGACAUUCAACCAACUGCUACUAGACUGUAAAGAAGAUGACAGUGAAGCCUUUAUUUUCAUGGACGCGCUUGGAAAUAGAAAAGACGCGCUUACGUUCAAAGAUUGGGUCGACUCAGCGGAGAACCUUGCGGUGGGAAUCGAAGAGCUUGGGCUGACAUCUGGGGAUUACGUAGGAGUCUUAUCGCCUAACUGUAGAGAGUUAGUAUGCAGUGUUGCGGCCAUGGCAUUCCUUGGAGUCAUCCCCAUUUUCUUAAACUUCGAUCU